AUGGGAUGUGAUCCUAAUUUGAGUUAGAGACUUUGUGUGAAGUAAUUUGGAAAUAUGGAUGGAACAACAUCUGAAUGCAUAUUCGAUACGUUUUGCCACACUAUUUAUGAUAAGCACAUAACGAGAUGCAGCAGCAAAUUAUCAAAAUCUGGUUGCUUAGCAAUUACUAAUCCUGAUGAACUUUGUAAAUGGGAGAAUGGUCAAUGCUAGAACUUGAGUGUUGAGGAGAUCAACAAUAUUAAUCAGAUAUUUUAGGAUUUGGAAUUGAGUGCUUCAGUAUGCAGUCGAAUUUCAGGAUAUUUAAUUAUCCACAGCACUCUCCUUUGGGAUUUAUUGUCUUAUAAGCCUGAUCUCUUCACAGAGGCACAGAACUUGGUGAAAGUGGAGGCUGGGAUAUCAGUGGACACGACUAAAACAUAUGAUGAUGAGAAGUUGGGAGACAAUUAUGUCGACAACAAUGGGGAUUACAAAUGGUAUUUAUUGCCAACUUAAUUGAGCAUUACGAAUCUUAAAAUAAAUGAUUAUUCAAGAUAUGGGUGUAUAGCAUAGGAGAUUUUAAACGAGAGUAGACUCCUUACUCUUUUAAGUCUGAGUGGUAUAAUAAGAGGAGUCAAUCACAUUUAUUGCAAUUACUUAAGCAAACAUCCUACAAAUCCAGUAAAGACAGUGUUUACGAGUUAUGAAUGCUAGCCAAUAACAGAGAGUCAAUUGCAAGAUUAAUAAUACAUCGAUCAGAACUAAAUAGUAUGUUCGAGUAUGAGUGGUUUGGUAUGUUAGAGGUAUUUGAAUAUCAAACAGAAAUGUCAGAUCAAUUAUUCUAAAGAAUACGAAUGCUUCAACAUAGCAGCUAUCUAAGUGUAAUAGUAGUGUAAUUCUAAGACAGGUUUGGCAACGCAUUUUGAUUGUGCAUAGGUGAAAGGGACUGCUUGCUAUUUGGAUUCCUCAACCUCGAAGGCAGAAUGUAGUUAGGCCUGUGUUUAAUAUAAGUCAUAAGUGAACUGCGAAAAUGAUACUCGCUGUGUUUGGUUGGGGAGCAAUCUCUUUGACAUCACUGAUUCAUCAGGUUCCAUAUUCAUAGUUUGUGCUCCUACAAAUAAAUGUGACUAGUUGGGUUUAAAUUAAGAUUAUUGUCAAUAAAUGGCAACACCUUGUUAUUGGGAUGCCAAUGUGGGAAAAUGUACAACAAUCACAACUAUUGAAUAAAUGAAAUGCGAAAGAUGCAAUACAAUUUAUUGUUGUACUUCCAUUAUAAUGUUUGAUCAAUUCUGCAUCUGGCAUCAAAAUAGUUGUUUGAAUGUUAAAGAUCAAAAGUUAUAUUCACAUUACUUGUCAUUUCCAGAAGCUACACUUAUGAACUAUAAUUUAUGUACCUCGCAAUCAGGAAAGUACUUCUAUUACAACAUAGCCAAACAAAGAUGUGAAAGUUCAACGGUUAAUUUAUAUUCACCAUGUGUUGAUUUUGAUGACGAAAAUUAUGAUGUGGAUGACUUUGAAUGCAAUAAUGGAGUGAAUAGCAGAAUCAACAAAGAAUAUUGUCUGAAUCUAAUUAAUUCCAAUACCAGAUGGGAUUACUUCAAAUCAAAAUGUUUGCAUGUGACCAAUAUUCAUAAAUCUUGUGAUCAAAUGAAAUUGGUCAAUUCAAAUUUAUGUAAAGGAGCUCAAGUUGCAACUCACAAAUAAUGUCUCUAUGAUUCCUAGAGUUCUAGUUGCUACUCCAAGGAUGCUUCUGUUUUACAUUGUGAUACUAAGGGCAUCAAUUAAGACUAAUGUUUGAGUAUAACAAAUGAGUACUGUUCAUGGGUCGAUAACUAGUGUGGAUAUUUGCAACCUUCCAAAAUUAAUUACUAUAAUUGCUACGAAUUGCAAAAGGUCAGUCCAAGUGUCUGCAGGAUGUCUGUUAAUUAAUCACUUUAAUGUAAGUAUGACUAAGAUUCCCAGAGCUGUUUCGUUGUCUAUCUUAACCUUUCUGAUUGUGAUCAAUAUGCCAAUAGGUAUGCCUGUAGAAUGUCAUCAUCUCUAUGCUAUUUCAACAAUGUGAGCAAUCAGUGCUAAGAUUCAACUCCUUUCUUAGAUCGAUUUAAUUGUAAUACUGAAUUCAUAAGUCAGUCAACAUGCUUAGGAAUCACGAAGGCUGGACAAUAUUGUUUCUGGGGAUCAGUCAAUAGUGAUGCAACUGUCAGAUGCAGGAAUCAUGAAUAAGGCUUUUACUCCAAUUGCAGUUCCUUCGAUGGCUCAUCAAAUGCAAACAUAUGUGUUAACCUAACCACCAACAUAGCACUCAAUCUGUCUGAUCAAUAAUAUUGUGAAGUUAUUAAUUCAGUAUGCUCAAGCCAGGUAAGUGAUAUUAACGAUGCUGAUUGUGGUUACACAAGGUAGAUGAAUGUCUAUCGUUGUAUGGGAUACACUACUCAAUAUUGUUAUUUCAAGAACCAAAAAUGUAUAAUUUUAGAUGGACCUCAGGAAUACAAAGAACUAAUCUUAAAUUAGCUUUUAUGUCAAAAUAGUAACAUGCACAUUUGUACUUCAAUUACAACACCUGGUUAGGUAUGUUAUAAAUAAAAUGCACAUAAAUGCAUUUCAAUGUAUCUAUCCUUUGGAGACAGCUGCUCGAAUUUAGGUGCUUAUGAUAUGAGUAUAUACAACCCCUAAUUAUGUAUACGUAGUACAGAUGCAUGUUAUUUUGAUAAGUAAACUAACUAGUGUAAGGCUCCUUAAGCCAAUGAUGUUUUUCAUUGUGAUUAAAUUGGAGCUUCAUAAAUAUUGUGUUUAUUGCACACCAGAGGACCUUGUGUAUUCAUUAACAAUAAGUGUUCUAAAUUAACUGACUUAUCCAUUUCUUGUGAUUAUAGAAAUAAGAUGGCUUGUACCUAUGGAGCAUUGAAUUGUAUUUGGGAUCAAACCAACACUUAGUGUAAAUUAUCAACAGAAUUAUGUCCACAAGCUUAUGACAAUGUGAAGUCAUGGAGAGUUUGUGGAAUAAGUAGUGGUGUUUGUUUUGCAGGCCGUAAAGGUUGUUCAAAUGUCGAAGUAACAGUACCUUGUUGGUUAUCUUUGAGAUAUGAUUUGUGUAUGUCCUAACCUGGCUUUUGUUAAUGGGUAGAUGAUAGAUGCACAGAUAAAGAGUAUGAUUGUGAGGAUUCUAAGACAGUUCAAGAAUGUAUCUACCAUAAAUCUAAGGCUUGUGUUUACGAUAAUGGUAAAUGCUUUGAGAUAGAUAAUUUCGGAAUUCAUGAUUGCAAUGAUUUUUAAUACACUACUUUAAAUUUCUGUUGGAAUUAUUACCCUUUAUGUGUUUACAAGGAUGACACUUGUCAAAUGAUUAAUUAUAAUGCCAAGAGCGAUAUGACAGAUGAAGAUUUCUCUCAGUAUCAAUGUUCCAGUUUAACAAAUUCUCAAUAUGGAUGUGCAUUGUAAAGGGCCAUCAAAUGUCGAUUCGAAGAUCGAAUCUGGUAUCAAGCAUGUUCAGAAGUUCAAUCUUUUGAAUUAGACACUUGUGAUUACUUCGAUACAGUUUAGGUUAGAUCGUUCUUGGCUUGUGAAUCUAUAUAGAACUGUGGAUUUAAGAUGACAGUGAAAGGGGAAAUAUUCUGUCACACAAUUCCAUUACAAUGUGAAACAAUAACUCCUUUUUGCGUUAAGGAUAUUCCAGGGAUCAAUUGCUAUCUUGAUAAUGAUACUUGCUUAACAUACACUGGAGAUUUGACAUGUUCAGCAGUAGCUUCAUAUUAAGUGAAUCGUCAAUUGUGCUUAUCUAUUAUGCAAAAUGAAUUAAACACUGAGGAAUGUUAUUAUCAAGAAUCCACAAGUAAAUGUAAAUUAAGGAAUACUAUUGAGAUCAGUGAUUGUACUUAAUAUACUGAGUUAUAUUAGUGUACAUUUGUGGAAGAGAGUUGUUUAAUUGUGUUAGAUUUAACUGGAGUAUUUUAGUAAUGCAAUUAAUCACAAAAUGACACUUAUAAUAUCAAUUUGAAUUAUUUCGGUUGUAUUUCCUUAACAGGUAGUUUGUAUUACUUUGAUUUGAAUUCCCAGACUUGUUUGAUCUAUCAAGAAUCCAAAUAUGAAAGCAUUUAUAUUUGUAAUCAAUUAAAUCAAAAAUCUUGUGUUGAAAUAAUCAAUGACUUAAAAUGUGUGUGGGUGGAUGAGAAAUGCUAAGAGUACAAGUAAUCUUAUGAAACAGUAGAUUGCGAAUUCAAAAAUAGAUUGGCUUGUCUAAAUUCGAUUAAAUCCUCUUGUAUUUGGAUAGGUGACAAUUCAGAAUGUGAUAUUAGUGAUAAUGUUGGUAAUCAAUGUGAUGAUGGAACCUAUUUAAAAUGUGAAUAUAGUGAAAACUAUUGCAAAUCUAUAUCUAAAUUGUGGAAUGGUGAAACAUGUUUUGACUAUUUGUUCAAUUUACCCUAUUCACUCUUAAGAUGCAGCAAAUUAGGUUUAUCAAGGAGUCUCUGUCUUGAAAACACAGCAGAAUUAACAUGUUUUUGGGAUGGUUUAACCUGCUAAGAGGCUAAUUUAAAAACAAUCAAUUGCACAGAUGAUGUCUCCUAUAACACAUGCGAAUAAAUAUUAACAUAUAAGCAGAUUUGUAAAUGGGAUAGUGGUACUUGUGUCAAUAAGUAUAACUCUUAAAAUUGCAAUGAUUACAUUACUUUGACCUAUUGUAAAUAGGCUUUGGUUCCAUGCUCAUUCAAUUUAGGUGCCAACACUUGUGAUUCAUUAACUGAGGUGGAUUAAUCUUGUUCAGAUACAUUGAGUUAUUCGGCAUGUCAAUAGGUAACCAAUUAGUACUGUUCUUGGAUUAACAAUACGUGCCAGAAAUGGUAUAGAAGUAAAUACUCAUGUGAGAACGUGGUGAAUCAAUGGGGUUGCUUAAACACAUCCAUGUUUUGUAAAUGGAAUGGUCGAUGUGAGAACAUAGGCAAAGAAUUUUAAAAAGUCUCUUGCUAAGAUAUUCCCUCUGGAUUUAACAAAGUCUCUUGUUCCAAGUAUUCAAUGCAGCCUUGUAAAUAUGAUGAGGUUACUUAGAAGUGCAACAUCAAAUUAACCAGUGAAUAUACCAACUCUAUGGAAACUGAUUAAAGUAACUUCGUUUAAAUAAGAUUAAUCAAAGAAUGUACUUUCUUUCAACAAAAAGAGGAUUGCAUAGGCAGUCGAAUAGGCUAUUGUUCAUGGUAAAAUAACUUAUGUAUUGAUUGUUCAACAAGUAGUCAGUGUAAUACUAAUGAUUGCAUUGAUAAAAUAAUUUCUAAUGUGUCAUGUGCAUGGAGAAAUGACUAAUGUGUUGAUUGGUAAUCAGCUGAAAAUGUUAGUUAAACUUAAUUAUCCUUAGUGACAGAGAUUUGUUGCACAACUUUGAAUAUGGCUAUUAAGUAUGACCAAUUACUCUCAUCUUGUGUACCUUUGGAUCUUUCUUCAGACAAUUGUAACUCCAAAGGACUAUCAAAAUAUGCCUGUCUUAAAUUAACCAGUGCUGCCUGCAUCUACUAAAAUAAUGGAUGUUCUGUUUAUCAACAAUUGAUCAAAUCUAAUUGUUCUGAUUACAAAGAUGUAACUCAAUCAGUUUGUCAAUUGAUACCUCAUCUGAGUUGUAAGUAUGAUGCAAAAACCAAUGCUUGCAAAGAUAUCAAUACUAGCUCAGACACCUGUGCUACUAUUGGGUUAUCUUUGAUUGGUUGUACAAAUAUUAAAACAGAAGCAUGUUACUGGAAUAGUACUUCAAAGAGUUGUUAAAGCUUUGUGGUUUAGAAAGAUAUUAAUCAAUGUGACAAUUCCACAUAAGUAAAUAGUUUAAGUUGCUCAUAAUUAAAUUAUCAUAAUAAUGUUUGCUCUUAUAAUGUAUAAAAUAGAACUUGUUAAGAAAGGGUCAAUAAAUAUUUUAAUUGCUCAUAUCCUGGAUUGAAUAAAAUGGCAUGUGUCUCUCUGAUUUUAGAGUCAUGUCAAUAUGUGGAUAGCAAAUGUCAAAAAGUAACUAAUCUUAAGAAAAGUUGUUUGGAAUUAUCAGAUGUUAACGAAAUGGCUUGUAAAAUGAACACCUUAGAUAACUGCGCCUAUGAUCCAAUUUCUAAUAAUUGCUAUUUUACAUUGCAAUCAUUGCCUUGUAGCUAUUAUGGUCUAAAUUAUAAUAAUUGCAUCCAUUAAACAAAUUGCAAAUGGUCCUAUGAUGUCACUUAAUGCAUUUGUUCUGUUCAACAACCUAAAACAUAAUGCCAAUUGAGUGAAGCCAAUUGCAAAUCAAACAUAAAUUGUGUUUAUGAUUAUGAUAUCUACUCUUGUAGACUCAAGAAUUGUAAUGAUCUGACUGAUUGUACUGGAUCUAUUAAUGGUAAAAUGUGUUAUAAGGAUGCUUAAUCAUAAUGUUUAAAUGCUUCAACAUGUGAAGACAUAGUUAACUUAAAUAAUCAAUAGAAAUGCAGUGAUUUCCUAUUUAACUCAUCUAAUUGUAUUUAAAUUUUGAAUCAUUGCAUAAGUGCUUCAAACCUUAAAGAACUAUGUCCCAAUAGUGAUUGCUCAAAUACUGCCUGCAAAUUCGACAACUUUUAAUGCCGUCCUUUAGAAUGUGUAGACAGAAGUGAAGAGGAUUGUUUCAAUUUCUCUAAUUGUAUAUAUUUGGAUGGUAAAUGUCAAGAGAUCUCAGCUUGUUCAACAAUAACUGAUUCUUCAACUUGUGUCUAAACUACUAUAAACUAAUUCAAAUGCUCUUGGGAAAUGUACGGAGUCUAUGAGAACACCUAUCAUUGCACAAAUACCUACUGCCAUUUAUACAACGCAUCCCCGACUCUUUGUAAUGGCAAUGAAAUAAAUAAUUAUUCCUGCAUCAUGGAUUAAUUUUUAUAAUGCAGAAUUUGUGAAGCAAUUAAAGAUGAAUGUACUUGUAGAAAUAGUAAUGGAGCUUGCUUAUAUUCAAAUGGAAAAUGUAAUUCAAUCUUAUGUGAAUAAUUCUUAACAGAAACCACAUGCACGGAGAGUAAUAAAUGUUAUUGGAGCUCUUAGGAUAAGGCUUGUAGGAAAUUUUGUAAACAGCUUAUUUUGUAAUAAGAUUGUGAAGCAUUAGAUUAUGAAUGUCAUUGGAAUUCAUAUCAAUAUAAAUGUGAAUAAGGUGUGGCUGUAAUACCUGAUCUGAGUGUGAAAAUUAAUGUCCAAGAUAUUCAAGGAGAACUAAUUUCUUGUCUUAUGUUGAUAUUGAUAUUAAUAAUUUGA